AUGAGCUUCGUCACUCGUCGAGCGCUUUCAACACUCAUCCCUCCCAAGGUUGCAUCCCCAAAGGCCAUUGGAGGUGCUCCUGACGCUCUCCGUAUGCAGCGCGUUGUCAGUUUUUACGAAAAGCUUCCCCGUGGCCCGGCUCCUGAGGCUAAGGCUAAGGGGAUCCUUGGCCGCUAUCAAGCUAAGUACUUCGGCAAGAAGACUUCGGUUCAGCCUAUCAUCCAUGCCUUGGUCUUCUUGGUCGGCAUUGGCUACGCUCAGAACUAUUACUUCCACUUGCGUCACCACAAGAACAAUGUUCACUAA